AAAGAGAAAAAUGUAAUUUGUUCAUUGCAGAUUAGUCACAGAAGUGCUUUUCCUCUAUUUUGUAUAAAAUCAAUAUUAGUUUAUUUUAUCAUUAUCAUUAAUAAAAGCGGUAUCACUUUCAAUUAUUUCAUAUAAGCGAUACUGCAUAAAAUAAGGAUAAUAAAGAAUGCAGGACCCUAAUGAAGAUACUGAAUGGAAUGAUGUACUCCGUGCUAAAGGUAUUCUGCCACCAAAGCAGAAGGAAGCUGAAAUCACAGAGGAUCAAAUACAAGCUAUGUUGGACGACGCCAUAAAUAGACGCACUGAUCUAAAAGUGGGAGAAGAUGGUCAUUCCAAGCCAAUCGACGACAUGACAUUGGAUGAAUUAGAUGAAUUGGAGGAUUCAGAAGACGAAGAAGUGCUGGAACAAUACCGUGAACGACGUAUUGCAGAAAUGAGAGCGUUUGCUGAAAAAGCUAAAUUUGGGAUGGUGCGAGAGAUAUCGGGUCAAGACUAUGUAAGCGAGGUGACAAAAGCGGGAGAAGGUAUUUGGGUGGUGUUACAUCUCUAUGCCAACGGCGUCCCACUCUGCGCUCUCAUACACCACCACAUGCAACAGUUGGCAAGUCGCUUCCCACAAACGAAGUUUUUGCGUUCCAUUGCAACUACGUGCAUACCAAAUUUUCCGGAAAAAAAUUUGCCAACAAUAUUCAUUUAUCACGAAGGCCAGUUGAAGAAGCAAUACAUCGGUCCCUUAGAAUUGCGCGGCGAGAAACUCACGCUUAAUGAGUUGGAGUUUUUAUUGGGAGCAGUCGGUGCGAUUCCCACAGAAAUAAAAGAAGAUCCACGGCCGCAAAUUCGAGACAAAUUGCUUGCUGAUUUAGAAAGCCAAAAUAUUGAUUUCUACUAAAGGAACAGUGCUAUACUGUUUGUACUCUUUGCACUAAUUGUAGAUUAAAUAAAAUAUUUUAUAUUUAUAGUAAAA